AUGGCUGACUACGAGACUCGGCACUUCAUCGACGGCAAAUUCGUCAACGGAGAAAGCCCGAACACUUUUGACGUCGUUAGCCCUGUCGAUGGUAAGGUGGUUGCCAGCGUCCCGUCUGCCUCGGAACAUGAAAUCUCCUUAGCAGUCGCCGCGGCGACAAAAGCUCAGCCCGCAUGGGCCGCUCUCGCUGCCAGCAAACGCGCAGGGAUACUCAGGAGGUUCUCCGAUUUGAUGUCACAAAAUGCUUCUAAGUUAGCGGAGCUCGAUGCCAUGUGCAUGGGCAAGCCAAUCUCUGCUCAUCGCGAAGAGGUUGAUACAGCUUGUAGCAUUACCAAUUUUUUCGCUGGCCAAGUCGAGCAGGCAUAUGGGCAAUCGUCUCUGAAUGUACCGAAUCAUCUGAAUAUAUCGCUUCGCCAACCUUUCGGUGUUGUUGCCGCCAUCGUUCCGUGGAACUUUCCCACCAUGAUUUGGUGUCACGAAGUGCCCCCUGCGUGUGGCGCCGGUAACGCGAUAAUCUUGAAAACAUCGGAGAAGAGUCCGUUAAGUGGUCUCCUUCUUGCUCAACUCGCACAUGAAGCAGGUUUUCCUUCCGGCAUUGUAAACGUAAUAUCAGGCGCUGGAGCGACUGGCGAGUUGCUCUCUUCUCACAUGAAGAUUCGGAAAAUCAGUUUCACAGGAUCGGUUCGAGCCGGACGAGCAGUCAUGCAAGCGGCUGCCCGGUCGAACCUCAAGUCUGUUUGUCUCGAGUUGGGAGGAAAGUCUCCUCUCAUCGUGUUCGCCGAUGCUGAUCUCCAGUCGGCAGCUGAGCUGGCAACAACGUCGAUAACGUACAAUUCUGGUCAAGUAUGCACUGCAUCUUCUCGUGCAUACAUUCAGCGCGGCGCCGCAGAUGCCUUUAAGAAACUCCUGGUAGCUCGGUUCAAAUCGCUGAAGCUGGGGCUCCCGACUAGUCAAGAAACAGACCUUGGUCCACAGGCCGAUGCAGGACAGGCUCAAUCGGUCGCCGUAUUUUUAGGUAUUGGAGAACAGAAUGGAACUGUUCUAACAGGCGGGAAAAAAUCGCGCAUUGGACCCAACUACAUUGAGCCAACCAUUUUUACCGACAUCCCGGAUGAGAAUCGCAUUAACGUGGAAGAAGUCUUUGGACCAGUUCUGGUUUUGCAUGAAUUCGAUACCGAAGAAGAAGUCGUGUCGCGUGCCAACAACACCGAAUAUGGCUUGUAUGCAUCUGUCUUCAGCUCCAACAUCGAUACAGCUCUUCGUGUUGCACGUGCUUUGGAGGCUGGCAAUGUCGGAGUCAAUUGCACAUCACCGUUUGACUCGUACGAACUGCCAUUCGGCGGUUACAAGUCUUCGGGUAUAGGACGCUCUAAAGGUUCAAAUGCAAUUCUGUCCUGGCUCGAGGAGAAAUCUGUGUACAUUAGACAAAAGCCGGCACUUGGAAAAUAG